AGCUUUUGCUAAACAGCUGUGCAAUGAUGUUGGUAGAGCUAGCUUUGUCAGUGUAACAACACGGGUUGGUAGCUAGGUAGCUUUCGAUGCUGUGAUUGCACACACAACGCACCUUACUAAACAUACACAAAUGUAUAUUAACCAGUUUGUUCGACAUCAAACGAUGGAGCGGAUACCAGACUUGUACCGUACUAUUAUAUCAAGCACUAUUUUUUGCUGAGUUUUCAAUGUCAUCUGUAGCUAGCUACCUAAAGUAGCUAGCAUCUGCUAGUAAGGCCGCGGCCAGCGGGGGAGACAGCCAGCUGGCUGUAGUCGAGGCGGGCUGUCGUGUCUGGCGACUCCGGUUGGCUUGUUGCCUGGUCGGUCACUCAGUCCUACCCUCGGUAGAGCCAUGUCGUCGUCCAGUUGCUGCCACUUGCCCGGUUCGCUGUGUGACGACUCCGCCACCGCGGAGCUUCCCAAGGAUGCGCACGAGACCCAGUCCGGACAGGCUCAGUACGUUGCCAAGGUGACGGCCAAAGAUGGCCGACCUCUGUCCACUGUUGUCAAGGCAGUCGGUUCACAGAGUAACGAGGGCAUGUGUCGUAUCUGCCAUGAGGGUGCUGGGGGCGAGACCCUGCUGACCCCUUGCGGCUGCAGCGGCACUCUGGGGAAGGUUCACCGCAGCUGCCUGGAGAAGUGGCUCUCUUCCUCCAACACCAGCUACUGUGAGCUCUGCCACACCGAGUUCACCAUCGAGCGCAGGCCUCAGCCCCUCACACAGUGGCUGAGAGACCCGGGCCCCCGCAGUGAGAAGCGGACGCUGCUGUGUGACAUGGCCUGCUUUCUGCUCAUCACGCCGCUGGCCGCCAUCUCAGGCUGGCUGUGUCUGCGGGGAGCCCAGGACCACCUGCAGCUCCGGAGCAGGCUGGAGGCCCUGGGCCUCAUCGCCCUCACCAUCGCCCUGUUCACCAUCUACAUCCUUUGGACCCUGGUGUCGUUCAGGUACCACUGUCAGCUCUACUCCGAGUGGCGGAGGACCAAUCAAAAGGUGCGUCUGCUAGUGCCUGACAUGAAGGGCGGACACACCACGCAACAUUCCGUUCCCGCCAAGUCCACCAAGAAAACCACAGACGAGACCAUCGUAUGAGCCUGGGGCCCCUUGCCGGGGCUGGGGCCUGUUGCCAGGGGUGGAGCCUGUUUCCAGAGGUGGAGCCUAUUUCCAUGGGUGGAGCCUGUUGCCUGGGGCAGGGACGGUUGCCAGGGGUCGUGCCUGGUACUCUGUAUUAUAAUAAAUGUAUAAUAAUAAUAAUUCUGAUAUUAUUAAGGACGGGAACUUGUGCACUUACGGAGCGCUGUGGGAACUUUCCUGUCUGACCUGAAGACCCCGCUUAGCCCUCCAUGUCCUCACCUGUGUGUUGACAUCACCGUGGUGACUAGACUGCAGCCAUAGCAACCAUGGCUGUAAGAUGAUGAACACUAGACUGACUUCCACCUGAAGACUCAUGUAGCAGGAUGUAACUGAUGCAGCAUGUAUAUUUAACUCCCUCUCUAUCCUCUUUUCUCCAUCCUCUCCUCUAUUCUUUUCUCAUCCUCCCCUCUUAAUCUACUCUAUCGUCUCCUCCUUUCCCCUUUUUAUCUACUCUAUCCUCUCCUCCUCCUCUUCCCCUCUUUAUCUACUCUAUCCUCUCCUCCUCCCCUCCCCCUCUUCCUCCUCAUCUUUCCUCGUCCUCCUCUUCUCGAGGGAGGUGGGGAGAUGGAGAAAGACAGGAAGGGGGAUGGGGCUAGCAGUGUCAGUGUGGAUUGUUGUCUUCCUGUUACACCUUGCUGUGCAAUAAAGAAUAAGGGACUCUA